UUUCUUUGAAAUAGCGUUCAUCAUAAUUUAAUUUGUACAUUACGAUGCAUUUUGUCCCAUAGACAAGCCGUCAGAUUAGUACGACUUAAUUAUUUAAAGCAUGCCUAACGCUAAACUUGAAGAAGAUGAAUGAAUCCGGAUCUUCACCUCUUCCAGGCCCACCUCAGCCUCAGCAACAGGCUGGACCACCCCCUGCAGGGGUUCCAAAUCAACCCAUUUACCCGCAACAGGGACCACCCCCUGCAGGGGUUCCAAAUCAACCCAUUUACCCGCAACAGGGACCACCCCCUGCAGGGGCUCCAAAUCAACCCAUUUACCCACAACAAGGACCACCCCCUCAACCAGGGAACCCUCAACAGCGCCCACUACAACAACCACCUUAUCCGCAGCAACCUGGUCAGCAGUAUCCACCCGGCCAACAAAAUCAACAGAGACCUCAAUACAUCCAAGGUCAACAACAACAACCACCUAACACAGGUCCUCCUCAGCAACCUGGAGGAAAUUUACCCCAAAAUUGGGCUCCACAACCUCAACAACCUGGACAACCCCCACCUCAAUGGUCACCUAAUCAGCAGCAGCAUCCAGUAGGGCAACAACCUGGACAACCCCCACCUCAAGGGCCACAAGGACCACCUAACCAGCAGCAGCAACAAUCUGGACAACCCCCACCUCAAGGGCCACAAGGACCACCUAACCAGAACCAGCAGCAGCAUCAACAACAUCCAGUAGGACCACCAGCCCCUGAAACAACGAACCCUUGCUGUUGUGACGCCUUAAGUGAAGGCGUUGGAUGGAUCUCUGCCUUUGAAUUUAUUUUCGGAAUUAUUAUGGCCAUCGUGUGUGUGUCCAAAGUCGUUAUGAGUGAAAGUGCCAAGACUAGGUAUAAUACGCGCAAGUCCCCUAACGAGCAGGAUGACAAUGGGCUGAGACAGUAUGGAGAAGCGCACGGCCUGACGCUGUAUAUCUUGAUCGGUCUUCACAUUGGGGCCAUCAUUGCCUCAAUAUUUCUUAUGGUUGCGGCAUCUAAGCGUUCUAGAAGCCUCUGCUUUGUCUGGAUUGUUUCCAUUAUUUUGAUUUCUAUCGGAGAAGUUGGGGUCGUUAUAUACGAUCAACUUACUGUAGCCAUCGUAUCCGCUGGAAUGAUUUUUUUGCGAUUAUAUUUCAUAUUCGCAGUUUGCUGUUUUGCUAGUGAAAUUUCAGUUUAUCCUAAUGGCCCUCCACCUCGCGUGGUUGUUAGACCAGCAGGAAUGUACCAACCUGCAAUGGUAUCGACAGCCCCAGUUGUAGUGACACCCGCUUACGGAUAUGCAUAUCCAGCGUAUGGAUAUGGAUAUGGAUAUCCCUACGGAUAUGGCUACGGUACCGACCUGGCGUUAGGAGUUGGGAUUGGAUACGGUCUGAGUGGGGGGUAUGGGUAUGGCUACGAUUAUUACAAUGGAGGUUAUUAUGACAGCUAUUAUGAUGGAGGAGGUUAUUACGAUGGAGGGGGCUAUGACGGAGGGGGCUAUGAUUUUGAUGGAGGAGGAUACUACGAUUCUGACUUUUAGUCCAACAAGCGUACCCUGAUGGACAAUAAUAGGACUCAUUUUAACAUAAAUUUUUUAUAAAAGUUGUCACGAAAAUCUAAAUUGUCAGUGUCAUUGGAGGAAUAAAAUGUGAAUUUGUUCACUUCAUGCGUUUA